CCAACACAUUGUACUGUUUCCAGAAGGCUUUUUUUUUUAUUUUAUUUUUAGAGCUGCAUAUGAGUACAUGAGGUGAAAGGAGUGAUAAACAAAGCAAAACAAGGAAGAUGUAAAAUAAUGUAAUGUUACAGAUGAUGCAUGAAGUUAWAUUUUCGGGCUUUCAAUUUUCUCGGAUAUCUCUUCUUUAAUGUUACAGUGGAUUUUUUUUACCACUCUUCCCCAGCAGAAAACUGGAGGAAGUAUCUUUUGCCUUGCUUAUCCAAGCUUGUUUCAGACGUUUCAUAACAACUUAUUGGAAUGUGUAAACAGGAAUGAAGUGGAAGUCAACUGAAUUCUCUCGUGCUCUGCUGAGACGAAAUGCCAUUCAUGUUUGUGGUGAAUGGAAGUCAUGGCAAUGUCUAACAUGGGAGGGAAAGACACGAAUGGACCAUGUGGCGUGACUCCUUCAGACUGCAGCUCUUCUGCCUGCUUAUGGCAGUACUGGCUGUUGUGGUGCUGGUCCAUAAUUUUUUUCAGUUAGAGCACCUGGAUGAUGACACAGUUUCAGGAUCAAAUUGGAUAACAGAAAACAACGUCCAGCAUUCUCUGUCACAGACAACCAAAACUACCAGRAAGCCUUACUGUGGGUACACGCAGCAGACCUUGUCCAAGAGGGAACAAGUGGAGCAGGAAUCCUUGCUUGCUGGAAUACAGUGGCCAAAACCCCCUGAUGGCAAAAUCRCCUUUGAACAAAGCACUGAUCCAGCACAGAGUGACUUUGUCAUUGUGAAACCCAGCAGGUUCUUCAAGGUGGGUGAUCAGUUAGAGGUGCUUGUUCGUAUGAGGGAUUUCCAAGGAAAMCCCAAGCAGUAUGGUGGAGACUAUUUGCAGGCACGAAUUCACUCUCCUGUGCUGAAAGCUGGAGCAGCGGGAAGGAUUGUAGAUUGCCAAAAUGGCCUUUACAAAGUCUUCUUUACCUUGCUUUGGCCAGGAGAGGUUAAAGUUUCUGUGUCWCUUGUCCACCCGAGCGAAGCAAUCCAAGUCCUCUUGCGUUUACGAGAGGAAAGGCCGGACAGAGUUUAUUUCAAGAGCUCCUUCAAGUCUGGGAGGUAUUCAGAGACUACCGAGUGCAAUGUCUGCUUGCCUGGAGGUCUCCCAGUGUGUAACUUCACAGAUCUCCACACGGGUGAGCCAUGGUUCUGUUACAAGCCUCGAAAACUGUCCUGUGCCAGCCGAAUCAGCCAUGCCAAAGGUGGAUAUCUGAAAGGUCUUCUGACACACGAGGAAAGCCUCUUUUUCCAAAGUGAUGUGAAUAUCAAAAGGCCGAUACUCUCCAGUGGACCUGAUUCAGUCAUUGUAAAGCCCAAGGCAUUUACAGAUUUGAUCAGUAUGGACAGAGCUGAAGAUCCCUCAGCUUCCCCUUCUGGUUAUUAUUAUGAAGACCAGUGGAGGUCCAGAACACACUGGAUCCAUAAUUUCAACAAAUCAGAUGAAAUAACUGAAUGCUUACAAGGAAAAGUAAUCCACUUGUUUGGAGACUCCACAAUAAGGCAGUGGUUUGAAUAUUUGACAGCUUUUGUUCCAGAUCUAGUGGAAUUUAACCUGGGGAGCCCUAAGAAYGUGGGUCCUUUCAUGUCUGUGGACCUGAAGCACAACAUCCUGCUCAAGUUCCGCUGCCACGGGCCGCCCAUCCGCUUCUCCACGGUGUUCAGCAGCGAGCUGCGCUACAUCGCCAACGAGCUGGAYGGCAUCGUGGGCGGCAGAAACACCGUCAUAGCCAUCACCAUAUGGUCCCACUUCAGCACCUUCCCCGUGGAAGUGUACAUCCGCCGGCUCAGGAACAUCCGCAGGGCGAUUAUUCAGCUGCUGGACCGCAGCCCCAAGACUGUCAUCGUCAUCAGAACCGCUAAUGUUCAGGAGCUUGGGCCCGAAGUGAGCCUCUUCAACAGUGAUUGGUAUUCCUUUCAGCUUGAUUCUGUCAUGAGGAAAAUGUUCUCAGGAAUUGCUGUGCACUUUGUGGAUGCUUGGGAGAUGUCCGUGGCUCAUUAUUUGCCACAUAACCUGCACCCUAAUGGAAUAAUUGUUAAGAAUCAAAUAGAUGCAUUUUUAUCCUAUGUGUGCCCUCUGCAAACUUAGCGCAAAUGGGUGUUCAAAUGUCCGAAGUAAAGUUGCUCUUUUGAGCUAUGGAAUGAUGCUGGAUGAUGUGGAGGAGCUCUGGGUGCUUGUACUUGCAUGCAGUAUUAAGUAUGGAGGCCUUAACUCUGGACAGCUGUGAAGGGUGGUAUAGAGGAGUUGACURUUCAGGCCAUAUCUUCCUGCAAGGUCGAUUCCUUCAAGAUUAGCAUUMAUGCCUGGGAUUAUUAGAGAGCACCUUAAAUAAAAUUGACAGGAUUCAAGAAGAAACUGUUUGGGUUAUUAGCUUUACUAGUUGUCUGCACUGUACGCCUAAUUUAAUCCGUAUGACACUGAUUCUGUUGCCAGGGUCUUGUUGCUCAGAACUGUGGGGGAAACAUGGGAAAGAUUUUGGGAAUGGUCUUUCUCUCAGCAUUCCAGAGUUUGAGAUGUCUCCUCUAGUUGUGUGUCAGAGAAACACAGUGUCUGUUCUUGUUUCAAAGUCCUAAUUAGAAACAUGAAGAGAGUGUACCAAAGUCACUAAUAAAGAAGCACAAUGACAAUAUCUGUAGAAUUAAGUCAUGAAGAAUUUGCUGAAAUUUAAUAGGGAACACUAGUUAGGCACUUUUGUUGUUUACAGACGGCUGCUAAAUAGUGCAGAUAGCCAGUGUUUUAGUUUGGUUUCCUGUACUACUGAAUUCAUUUUGAGCUUUGAUACACUGUCUACUUGUUGAUUUAUCAGUAAUGAGGAUUUGUAUUUUAUGACCUCAGUGAAAACACUGUCUCAGGCAGUUUCUGCAGGUUCAAGUUGCAAGCUUGCCUACUUGAAGCUUGAAGCAUUUUCCAGUGAAAUUUCCCUUUCCUGGGAGCUCAAGCUGUUCUGUUCUGCCCCUGGGCAGGUGGCAGCGACUCUGGUGUGUCCCUCACCAGACAGAGAGGCCGAGUGGCCUGAGGGGUGCAGUUUGGCUGUGAUGGUCAAAGCCAUGCAGUGAGUCUCCUUCAGGGUCUGGCAGCUCUGUCAUUUAUUCAUGAACUUCACUGCUGCCAGUAGAAAUGGUGGAAAGCCCUGCACCCAAAAGCCAAGGGUGCCUAGGGUUGCCCUCAACAGCUGCUUGGCACAGACCCAGCUUUGCUGGGGUGACAGCUGGUGGCUCUGCAGYCUCCUGGCCUGGCAUUUACUGCUGCUUAUUUKAUUGAGCCUGUCUGCAAUUUUAACUAGAAGUGCUUUGAAAACCAUUUUGAUUAAAUUCAGCUCCCAAAUUAAACAGCAGAGAAGUGAUCCAUGCUGUCUUAUUUCUAUCCCACUCAGGCCAAAGCCAGUCUUCUCUGGGAAAUGUGUCAAAACAAAGUUGAAUCUUUGUGAGCAAACUGAGAAGUUURAUAGGGAAAAUUGGCAGGUUGUGUGGAGUGAAAUAAUUGAAAUGUCUUUAUGUUAGAGGUGUUUUACCCUUUGUCAGGUUUGCUGCUCUCUUAAGGAAGCUUGUGCUCGUAUUGCCAAAGCCCCAAGAGAGCUAAUGCUGCCAGCUACAGCAACAGUGCUUCUUGUUGUGUUCAUUUUGAAGGGCAACU